GCUGCUGCUCCGUAGAUUUAACAGGGAAGUAACGGGAAUAGGAUGUAACGAAAGUCGAUACGGCAUUAUUUUAGAUUUUAAAUCACUGGCGGAAAAAUGCAAAAGCAAUAUUUUUGAAUGUACAAAAUAGCACCAUAUAAAUGCACAGCCAUGCGUUUUUCCUGAUAAACUUGCAAGGAUUUUCCGAUAGGCGUCGCAAUCUGUGGAGAUUAUGUUGUGCGAGAAAGAAGAUACUGAAAAUGCUGUUGCCCGAGUUAUUAUCGUAAUUUCAGCGACCAGGGUCUUUACCUAAUGUAGAUGGUGUUUUUAUAUAUUGACAAGCUGGUUAUGAGACAUCUGUCAGUUUACAAAAGACCUACGAUUCGAAAUAACGUAGCAACCAGUCAGUUAUUACAGUUCGCAAGCCUCAAAGAAAGAUAAUUCUUUACCAUAGACUGUAAAUAAACAGUUGCAUAGUUGCUGCACUUUAUAACUGCUAUUUUUGUGAUCUAAACUAAUAUUUUUUUCCAUCGAAAGUAUUUUAACCAUUAUUCCAGCUCUUAACAUAGGUAAAUAUAUUUUAAACAUCUUGUUACUGGAAUGUGUAGGCUACUACUGCAUCCUAGACUGAACCAAAAGUGGAUAUUACAGACAAUGUGAAGAAUUUUUAAACGUGUUUACACUGGUUGCAUGGACAUUAAAAUUGCAACUGAAUCUGUAUUUCGAUGAUCACCUGGACACUUAAACAACACGAAGAGUGAAAAGAUAUUUUUACGCUUCAUGAAACAAAUAUUAUUGUACGCAUAAGUAAUUCGCGUCAUUUUUUUGGACACUGCGUUGUUCUUAACUUCUAAGUAUAUUACUGUGCCUUUAAUGUUUGUUGAGACCGUGAUUGGUUUUCUUUUAUAAACCCUCUGUUCAUCACAUGGGAGGAUCACUGACAUCAUGCCAGCGGGCGGCUAGUGAUUAACAAGGAGGAAAGUGAUUGGAACUCGGGAGAUCUUACCGGAGAACAGCGUGAAACAAGAAAAGUUUCCCCUGAAUUAAGAGGUUGAAGAGUUGGCAUAGUUGUUUUCAACGUUUGUUCUUCCUGUAACUGUAAGCCAAAGCAAUCGCUGUUGAAAAUCUCUGGAUUGAUAUCUUCUGAGAAGAAGAGAAAAAAAAAAACAUUCACAACACCCAUGCUAACCUGUUCUGGCUGGGAAUACCAUACCGCGCUUUCCCUCAAAGGAUGAACCGUGUCUACACCGCCGAUUACUAAGGGGGGAGGGAAAAGACACCUGUGUGCGGGCGUGCAUUUUGUGCUUUUCCUGUAUUUUGACACUUGAGGGAUAUUUGGGAAUAAAAAUGGACUUCGCAACAGUGGGGAUCUAUAUAAGACUGUAAAACGAACUGAUGCGCCAACCGUCAUAUUUGCAUCAAACAGAAUAAACUCUGCAAAAGCCAAGCCUUGCAUGUUGGUACAGUAUAUGUCACCUAUUGUCUUGCGCAGUCAUCCGCUCUGCCGCUGGAGUCGGUCAUACACCUUGUGCCAGUGGAUGACAGCUUUCGAUUGAGUUCCGCCUGCUGCUUCAUUUCUGACACAGAACUCUCACCAGUAACGCUGUUGAACACAGUUUACAUAUUUGCCCGGGAACUUUUUAUACAUUAUUGUAUCUAAAAGGGGGGGAAAACUCAUAGGAUUACCAUCUUGAGCACUUUGGGGGUGAGGAAAAAAAAUAAGGAUGCCAGUUAGAAAGAAAGACACAGCUCGAGCUUUAGGGCUACUGGAAGACUACUGUUCCAAACUAAGAAGGCCUGAGGAGCAGCAGCUAAAAACGGCCAUUUUGAGGGUUAUGGGAAUCUUCAAAAGCAGCCUGUUUCAAGCUCUGCUAGACAUCCAGGAGUUCUAUGAAGUCACAUUGCUUAACACUCACAAGAGCUGUGAGCAGAAGAUAGAGGAAGUCAAUCAUGUGGCUGACAAGUGGGAGCAAACAAACGCUCCUGCCACUGUCCUCCAGCAUCUACACACAGGUCAAGAGCCAAGAGAUCUGACCAAUUUAGAGUGCUACAUGCCUAGAACAGAGGAAAAUGCAGAGGAACAUGGUGAACACAGCACUAUAGAGAACAGGUCGGCUGCAGUGCAAGCUUCCCCACACACGGCCCAGCCAACAUGUAUGAGCCCUGCCCUGAUGAAUGCUCCCUGGUAUCGGUAUCAGGAUGAAGAUAUUUCGCCGCAGGAUCACGGCUUCCCUCGUCUGACCAAUGAAGUCCGUCCCCCGGAGCUGGUGCAUGUGUCCGAAAAGAACCUGUCGGAGAUCGAAAAUGUCCAUGGAUAUGUUUCUCAUUCACACAUUUCUCCCCUGAAGCUCCCCCUUGGUCACUCCUUGCUCUGCACGGGGGUCCCAGCCUCCUCGUCCUAUGACCAGGAGGUCAGCCCUCAGCCAAGCGGGUUAAGCCAAUUUCGACACCAUUAUCCUUUGAGUACACUUCAUUCUUGGCCUGCACUGGUUACCCGUUUUGAUCUUACAUACCCGGGUCUGACUGCUGCAAACUACCUGGCCAGUCCUGCACCAAUAAUUGUGAACACAGAGACAUUGGACACUGUACCAUAUGUAAAUGGAACAGAAAUUGAAUAUGAAUUUGAAGAAAUUACACUGGAAAGGGGUAACUCAGGGUUGGGAUUUAGCAUCGCAGGAGGGACAGACAACCCUCACAUUGGGGAUGACCCCGGUAUUUUUAUUACCAAAAUUAUUCCAGGCGGGGCUGCAGCAGAGGAUGGACGACUCAGAGUCAACGACUGUAUCCUGCGGGUGAAUGAUGUAGAUGUUUCUGAAGUCUCGCACAGUAAAGCCGUUGAGGCCCUUAAAGUAGCAGGAUCAAUUGUACGGCUUUAUGUGCGCCGGCGAAGACCAAUGCUGGAGACUGUAAUAGAAAUUAAACUCAUCAAAGGACCAAAAGGGCUGGGGUUUAGUAUUGCAGGUGGGGUGGGAAACCAGCACAUCCCCGGGGACAACAGCAUUUAUGUGACCAAAAUCAUUGAUGGUGGAGCUGCACAGAAGGAUGGGAGGUUGCAAGUUGGUGACAGGCUGCUUAUGGUGAACAACUAUAGUUUGGAAGAAGUAACUCAUGAGGAAGCUGUAGCCAUACUGAAAAAUACAUCAGACGUUGUAUAUUUGAAGGUGGGAAAGCCAACAAGUGUUUACUUAACAGAUCCUUAUGGACCACCUGACAUCACACAUUCAUUCUCUCCACCAAUGGAAAACCAUAUCUCUUCCCCUGGCAACAACGGCACUCUGGAGUACAAGUCCAGUCUUCCCCCUAUUUCACCAGGGAGGUACUCCCCCCUUCCAAAACACAUGCUUGGGGAAGAGGACAUUAACAGGUUGGAUGGUUUUUCAUUUUUACGAAAUGCCUCAUUAGAUGAUGGUGAAAGUCACAAGUUCGAAUCCCAGCACUUCCAGUUGAGGCCACCUGAGCCAGUUUACAGCACUGUGAACAAACUGUGUGACAAACCACCUUCUCCCCGCCACUAUUCCCCUGUUGAAUGUGAUAAAAGCCUCCUCCACUCAAUUCCUUUCCCUCACUAUCACAUAGGCCUCCUCCCUGACUCUGAGAUCACCAGAGAACCCCGGAAGAUCGUCCUGCACAAGGGCUCAACGGGCCUGGGCUUCAACAUUGUGGGGGGCGAGGAUGGGGAAGGAAUCUUUGUGUCCUUCAUCCUGGCGGGAGGACCUGCAGACCUGAGUGGCGAGCUGCGAAGAGGAGACCAGAUCCUGUCUGUAAAUGGCAUAGAUCUGCGAGGUGCUACACAUGAACAGGCAGCAGCAGCUUUAAAGGGAGCAGGACAGACAGUGACCAUUAUUGCACAGUACCGGCCAGAAGAAUACGGUCGAUUUGAAGCAAAAAUCCAUGAUUUACGGGAGCAGAUGAUGAACCACAGCAUGAGCUCAGGAUCAGGCUCUCUACGAACCAACCAGAAGCGUUCUCUUUACGUCAGGGCUCUGUUUGACUAUGAGAAAACAAAGGACAGUGGGUUACCCAGUCAAGGUCUCAGCUUUAAAUAUGGCGACAUCCUCCAUGUUAUCAAUGCUUCAGAUGAUGAGUGGUGGCAAGCAAGGAGGGUCACACCGGAGGGGGACAGCGAAGAAAUGGGGGUCAUUCCAAGCAAGAGGAGAGCACAAAUCAUCAUGCUUUGUGCCCCAGCUGUGCCUCCCAUUUGCAUGUGUUUCCAGCCUCUUUGUAUGUUUUUUAUUAAAACAGCCAAAGCAUUUUAUUGUUGUUAUAAUGUAAGAUCUGUUGUUUUACUUGAACAAGUGUGUGUUAAAGAAGGAAGCAGCUUUACUGCAGUGCUGAAGGAGCUCCAUGCAAGUCAUUCAAUGACAAGCGUAAAAAGAACUUCAUCUUUUCACGAAAAUUCCCAUUCUACAAGAACAAGGAGCAGAGUGAGCAGGAAACCAGUGACGCUGAACGACAUGCCUGGAAUAGGUGACGACGGGUAUGGGACAAAGACACUGCGGAGUCAAGAGGACUUGAUUCUUUCCUAUGAGCCUGUCAUUAGACAAGAAAUCAACUACACCAGACCUGUUAUCAUCCUGGGUCCGAUGAAGGACAGGAUUAAUGAUGAUCUAAUAUCUGAAUUCCCUGACAAGUUUGGAUCAUGUGUGCCACAUACCACAAGACCAAAGCGUGACUACGAAGUGGAUGGGCGGGAUUAUCACUUUGUCACCUCCAGAGAGCAAAUGGAGAAAGACAUCCAAGAGCACAAGUUUAUUGAAGCUGGACAGUAUAAUGACAAUCUGUAUGGAACCAGUGUCCAAUCUGUAAAAUACGUAGCAGAGAGGGGAAAACACUGUAUAUUGGAUGUAUCAGGAAAUGCUAUAAAAAGAUUGCAAGUUGCACAACUCUACCCCAUUGCCAUCUUUAUAAAGCCUAAAUCUAUUGAGUCGUUAAUGGAAAUGAAUAAAAGACUCACAGAAGAGCAGGCAAAGAAAACUUAUGAUCGAGCCAUGAAGUUGGAGCAAGAGUUUGGCGAAUACUUCACAGCUCUUGUUCAAGGAAACACCUUAGAAGACAUUUAUAACCACUGCAAGUUAGUGAUAGAGGAACAGUCUGGACCUUACAUCUGGAUUCCCUCAAAGGAAAAAUUAUAAAAAACCCUUGCCAGUGAACUGAGACUGCAACUAUAGGAAUAAUUUGUAAUAUAUUAAUUAUUAUGAUGAUGGUUAUUAAUAAUGAUUAUAAUAACUACUAUUAACAGACUUUUUAUUAUUGUUGCAUAUUUUUUUUUCCACUUUCAAUAUGAAUGUUCCUGAAUGUACACCACAAAGUGUUAGAAGCUUUUUUGGCCUCAGACAUGGACAAUUUGUUAAUAUAUUUAUUAUUAUUUAAAAGAAAAGGAAAACUUCAGAAGGAUUGACGAGUGAAGAGACUAGGAAACCACCUGGCUCAUCUCCUCACCAACUACGUAUAUGGACGACAACAAUAUCAGUUUCUUUAGCUUUCCAACUAAGUCUGAGCACUCUUAAGCGCCCUCAAGAAACUCAUCACACAUUUGUGGUUGAAAUAGUGACUUUUCUGUUCUAUGCACAUCUGUGGCUCCUGGACAUUGUCUUUUUUUUUCAUUGAUUUGUUCAUUUUUGUUUUUGUUCUUUUUUGGUUGGUUAUGUUUCUAGGAGAAAAAAAAAUACUUUAUCUAUAUAAAGAUUCUUUAUAAACUACAAUGAUGCUUUAUCUAGAAUGAACAAAUAAAAGGGAUACAACUGGGUAUAGGAAUUUUCACUAUAUAUUUUGGUAUUUAUAUUAAUAGAGGGCACAACAGCACAGAAAAUAUUUAUAGUAAAAAAUAUAACUUUGUAAAAAAGCCGAUUUUACUGAUGUAAACUAGCGUUUUGUGUUAGAUAUACAGUACAGUAGUCCUGAUGAGUUUGUCUUUACACAUUAAAUAGAGCUUAGAACCUGUCCGAAUGUGAUGCACUAUAGGAGCAAAAAGUACUUUGCAUCACUGAUGACCAAAAUGGUGACAUGGAUCCAAUGCUGAACUUUAUUUCCCCCAAAUUGUCCAAUUUACUAAUAUUUUCCAAAUAUUACAGUUCAUUUUUGUUCAAUAAAAAACCUAUGCAGGGGCAUAAAAUAUUUCACUUAAGGAGGUUUUUUUACCAAUUUCUCGACCGUAAUGUGGAACUGUGAGCAUCUGCAUAAGAAGGGUUAUUGUAUACAAUAUAUACAAUAAAGCAACCAUUGUAUCUUUUCGAAUUGACUAUAAAUUCAAGUAAGACAGACUUGGAAUAUAUCUGUUUUUCUAAAUCAGUGAAAUUUCUCAAUGUUUCAGUCAUUCAUCAUGAAUGUUGUGUUCUUACUCACAACUGGGGAAUACAAUUGUAGUAGAUGAUUGGCAGCUACUCUGUAUAUUUCUGCUAAAGUAAAACACGAGAGAUCGAACCCUUUGCAACAUUGCCAAAUGCAUGAAGUCAAUACUACCGGAUUUGGCUAAAUGUAUGAGUUUCACUAUCAUAGAUUUGUGACUUGAAUAGCUCAAAGUAAGUCUUGGGCUGGGGAAAUAAAGCAAUAUUUGUGCCUCUCUUACAGAAAGCACAAAAAUAGAUUCAGAGAAACAAGUUAACAUGAGAAAAAGGAAAGUGAAAGUGAUCAAAGUUCUGAGUUGAACAACAAAAGAAUACCGUAUAAAAAAUUUAAGUCGUGUGAAAUCAUUUACAAAGGGUACUGUAGACCAUUAGUUCCGCUAGAUAGGCCCAUAUUUCAUUAAUACGCAAUUAAUAAUUUUAUUGCAUAUUAAGCAUUUCACUGAUUCACAUUAAAAAGUCUUUACUCACUCUAAAACAUUUUGAGUCAGAUGCCAUAACACUUAGGCUUUCAGGCUGGCUUAUCGGUCUUAUUAAGACUCAAACAGGAAAAAAGAGCUAGCUCUUUAUGAUGAUCACAUUAUGAUGAUGUGUAGAGGAUCUCAGACACAAGCUUAUCCCAGUUUGGCUGCUAGGGCAAAAAUCAAUCAGCACUAUUUUGUAGCGAAUGUGGUCUAUGAUGACUCAUACUAGAUUUACAUCUGUUGAGAGUUAGCUGUUUGUAUAAAGACAUACGGCCUGGUAAUUAAACUGUAUUCUCCAUUUUAAUACAGCCUUGUAAUUCCAUUAGCUGGAUCCCUUGACACUUCGGUCAUCACUUGCCUUAAAGUGGGUAUGGUUUUCUGAAAAGGAAGCAAAGGUUGCUACUGACUCAACUAGUAUUCAAACCUAGUAUUGCUUAUAGUGUCAUUUCUUAAGAUGGGGAGUUUGAUUAAUAAAACAGGAUCACAAAAUAUGCAGGAAGUUAAUUCCUGUUAUUUCCAACGUGGCCACAAUUUCAGUAAAUAAAUUCUUGUCUAACUUCCUAUUAAAAUAAAUGACAGAUAAUGUCACUAUUGCACUCUAAACAAAAUCACAUCUUUAAUAAAAUAUUGAGGAGCAUCUCACACUUGUGUCAUCCACAUAGAAUUCUUACAAUAUAGCAUAUCAUUCCCAAACAGGUUUAUGAAGUAUCAGGAUGCAUUUGAAAGCACUGUUGUUUUUAUUUCAAUUUUUUUUCUAGGAAUACACAUAAAUAUAAAUAUGUUGUAUAAACCAGUAGACGUUAUUUCUUUAAUGCUGUUUCACUGUAAGUGAAAGAACCCUCUGUGCUCAUGCAUACUGAACCAAGAACUUGUUUGUAUUCCUUUUGCAACAUGGUCUAAAAAAUAAUUUUCUGAAGUUCAAAAUGGUACCUGGUUCACAUGUAAGGACCUUUAUUUUUCUGCACAGACCUUAAAUGCUAAAUUGUAAUGAUUAUUCACAGUAUUGUCCUUUAACAUCAGUCUCCAAAUUCACUCCUGCUAUAAAUAGUUGGUUUUUCAGAUUUUUACUCUUUCCAUAAGGUUGCAAAAUACUAGCAGCAUCAGGCAUGCGAGUACUAGAUUAAUGUGCAGUUUAUUUUAAGAAAUAUUGUUAACCUAAAAUAAUUUAAAAAUGUGACCUGCUCUUUAAAUUUGCAUACUGUAUGUUUCUUUAUACAUAUAUUAUAUUUAUAUACAAGCAGAAAUUGGCAUUUUAUGUAAGAAGGGUAUUGAUGUUUUUUUACUCAGGGCUACCAGAUAAUGUUUGAUAAAGAUAAAAAAUAAGCAUCCUUGGUUAUCAAAGUUUAUUUGUCAAUUAAGGCUAUAGGCUUUAGAAUACUCAAUUUUCAAGACAAUAAAUAUUGCAAUGUGCACACUACCAUUUCAAAAAUAUUAUGUAGCUGAUGCAUCUUCCUAUUUUUCCUGAUUUAGUCAUGCAGCCUUUCAGGCUCUCUUACUUUACUAUUACAUGCUGUGUUUUGCAGAAAUAAAGAUUUGAAAGAUAUGAUAUGGCAAAGUGCAAUCUAAUUAUGGAAAAUGAAUUGGUUGUUUGUAGGAUAACAUAAUUUACGUUUGUGUUGAUAUGAUUUAAUGUGUUGAUAUGCUUUCCCUUUCAGAGUGGACAUUGCACUUAAGAAAAUGAAAUGUUCUUUCUUCAUCUUCAUCUGAUUUUUAAUUGUAUUUCUUGCUCUUAGUAAAACAUUUUGUACAUAGUAUACAGCUUUUCUGACAUUGUUGGUUUUCCCAAACCUUUCAGUUACUGCGAUAUACCCAUUUAGCCCACUGCUGCUGGAGUUUGUCUCUUACUUUAUUUGGUCGUGACUAACUAACUGUCUUUCAGAAUUGUUUUACAUUUAAUAUAUACAGUCUGUAACAUAUGCCCUGAUUUUUUUCUCCCUUCUGCCCCAUUGUGUUAGUACAGACCACCCUUGCAAGCAACACAGUACAAAGAUUGGCAAUUUUUUGCUUAGUAAGGAUAUGGUUUCAUCAUGACUUUCAUUUCAGAUCAAAGUCUCAAAUCACAUUUUAAGAAUGCAUUUCUGCUUUUACCUGGACAGACCAAUGACACACAUACCUUUGUUGAAGCACACAUAAAUGCAAGUGGAACUGUACAGUUAUUAAUAAUGGUAUCUAUUCUUUGGUAUUAUUUGCAUUCUUUUUCAAAAAAAGAAGAGAAAUGUCCUUUGCAUUAUGUUAUGUACUCUUGAUUGCUUUGAAAAAUCACUUUAAAGACAAUUGCUUUAGGUAUAAAUGAAGGUAAUAUUACUCUACAUAGUAGCCAUCUGAAUUGUAAAUUAAAGGUUUGGUGAGACUUUUAAAAAAAACUUCUGUCUUACAUUGUGUGGUGUCCUUCCUUGCUGUCCUCUCUUCUCAGUGAGUUUUGGAUUGGGUCUUAAAUUUAUCUUCUUCAGACCAGACUGUUUCCAGUA